UAAUGUUCCAUCGUUAUUCAGAAAUUAAAUACCGAAACGCCUUGUCUUUGCUUCAAGACUUUUAUUUGGCUUUCGAGGAGAUGCUGCCACGACGUCAAUCAGCCCCGGACUUGCAAGCUGCGCAGGCAUCCUCGGGCCAUAAUCGUGGUGCAAGUGCAGGUGAAGCAGCCCCAAGCCCAGCGCCAGGGCCAGGACACCUGGAACUUGUCCCCAAGCCGGGCUCUGUGGCUCUCAUGCAGGUGAACAGGCCACCGAAUCCGGCCGCCGGGGAGAAUCAGGAACAGCCCCAGGAGGGGGCCCUCGUACGGAUGGAGAGGACCGUGGAUGGGUCCCUUGGCGACUACUUUUUGUCGCUGCUGGAGUGCCCCGUGUGCUUCGGGUAUAUAAUGCCACCGAUCAUGCAGUGCACGCGGGGGCACGUGAUCUGCUCAUCGUGCCGCCACAAGCUGACCCUGUGCCCCGUGUGCCGCGUGCCGAUGAGCAACAUCCGUAACCUGGCCAUGGAGAACGUGGCCUCAAAGCUGAUCUUCCCAUGCAAGCACUCGUACUUCGGCUGCAAGCACCGUAUGGCCUAUUCGGAGAAGAAGCUGCACGAGGAUGACUGCGAGUUCCGACCCUUCUUCUGCCCCUAUCCGGACGACAAGUGCGUGUGGCAGGGGCCGCUCAAGGAUGUCUUCAAUCAUCUGACUGCCACGCACGACAAUGUCAUCACGAUGGAGGGUCACGACAUCAUCUUCCUGGCCACUAACGUGAAUCUGGAGGGGGCCCUCGACUGGACGAUGGUGCAGUCCUGCCACGGCCGGCACUUCCUGCUCUCGCUGGAGAAGAUCCAUCUGGGCGAGGGCUGUCAGCAGUACUUUGCCGCCUGCCGCAUGAUCGGCACCAUGCGCGAUGCCGCCGAAUUCGACUACAGCAUCUCGCUGGACGCCAACAAUCGUACCCUUCGCUGGCAGUCCAAGCCCAGGUCCGUUCGCGAGAGCUUCGUGACGUUCACCAAUGCCGACUUUCUGGUGCUCAACAAGACAACGGUGGAGCUGUUUUCCGAAGAAGGCAACUUGGCUCUGAAUGUGGUCAUCACGCCGACUGAAUCCGAAUUGAACUAGGCGACACUGGAGCACGGACCCCGCACCCCGCACCCCUUCCUCUUCUUCUUCCUCUACUCUACCUUUGCGUUUGUGGCGUAUACAAAAUAGAAGGCGCAUUCGUAUAGUCAAAAGUAUUUGCAUAAAAACUAUUUCAGAGUGGAA